AUGUCCCGGCACAAGCUGCAGCAGGAUCAUCAGGACCUACUACCGAGAUAUAGCAUGCAAGCGAUCCGUUACAGUACGAGACGGGUCGGAGCUAAGGCGGAGGCCAUCCAACCAGAUAGCCUGCAACACCCGAGCCCCGUCGUCUGCCUGUCCCAUGAUGCUCGCAAGCUCGCCCACGUAUCCGUUGGGUUACGUUUUGCCGAAUACACUGGGUGGGGCUAUUCCCAAGUGCUGCCUUGUAGCCUGAAUCUAGGACCAAAGAGGGCGUGUUGCCUCCCACAGGUAACUAUCCCGACCCGUGUUUGGCUCAACCCUCCAGGACUCCUUUCUCCCUGCCUUCGGCUCUCGCUGCACACGGCAUGUGCAGGAGUGUACCCUAGACUGACAUACGGGGUCAAUGCAGUC